AUGAUUCUUGUGGGAAUUUCUACUACUGAUACAGAAGAAGACAUUAGUAGACUCUCCAAGAAACUUAUUAGUUUACGUGUAUUUGAAGACAUGACACAGUCUGCCAACACAACAACCAAAUUUACUGGAAAACCAUGGGCAAAAUCUAUAAUUGAUAUCCAGGGAGAAAUAUUAUCAGUUAGUCAAUUCACAUUAUAUGGGACUAUUAAAAAAGGUACAAAACCAGAUUUUCAUCGAGCUGCAAAGGGACAUCACGCCAUUGAAUUAUACCAGGAAUUGUUGAAUCAAUUAAAAGCCGGUUUAGGUGAAGACAAGGUCAAAGAUGGUGAAUUCGGGGCCAUGAUGGAUGUUGCUUUGGUUAAUGAUGGUCCGGUUACCAUUGUUUGGGAUACACAGGAUAACACCUUAUAA